GGAAGUGAUGCAGGGGAGGGAGGGGGUCGAAGCUGAGUCUGGCUGGGAGCUGUCGAGGCAUUCCAUGUGGAGACCUGGAAGUCUGAAGGAAACUUAAAAAAAGAAAUGAUCCCCCGUGGAUUUGAGAUUAUGUUAGUCGACUCCCACUGAUGGCAUGUUGAAGUUCAUUGAACAGCAGCUGAGAGGGCGUCGGAUCAGAAGGGGACUGCUCUAAAAGCUGGGCUUGCAACAACAUGGGCCAGUGUGUCACUAAGUGCAAGAAUCCUUCUUCCACCCUUGGCAGCAAAAAUGGAGAUAGAGAACCUAGCAGCAAGUCUCAUGGCAAAAGAAGUGCAGUUCACAAAGAAGAACAUACCUCAGUAUGUGCAAAAUCCUCUGGCGACAUACUUGUCAAUGGGACAAAGAAAACGGAUACUGCUUUAGAUUCUAGUCAACCUCCAACUUUCUCUGGGGAUGCAAAGAAAGAGCCUGUUUCCGGCACCGAGGAAUCGUCACUUCAAAGGAUUGGGGAAUUGUUUAGGAGAUACAAGGACGAACGAGAAGAUGCCAUACUGGAAGAAGGCAUGGAACGUUUUUGUAAUGACCUCUGUGUUGACCCCACUGAAUUUAAAGUGCUAGUCUUGGCUUGGAAAUUCCAGGCAGCUACCAUGUGCAAAUUUACAAGGAAGGAGUUCUUUGAGGGCUGCAAAGCAAUAAAUGCGGACAGCAUUGAUGGCAUUUGUUCUAGGUUCCCCAGCCUCUUAAAUGAAGCCAAACAAGAAGAUAAAUUCAAGGAUCUCUAUCGUUUCACCUUUCAGUUUGGCCUGGACUCUGAAGAAGGACAGAGGUCUCUACAUCGGGAAAUAGCCAUUGCCCUUUGGAAGUUAGUUUUCACCCAAAAUAACCCCCCUAUAUUGGACGAGUGGUUAAACUUCCUAAUUGAGAACCCCUCAGGAAUUAAGGGAAUCUCCCGGGACACAUGGAACAUGUUUCUAAAUUUUACUCAGGUGAUUGGACCAGACCUUAGCAACUACAGUGAAGAUGAGGCCUGGCCUAGUCUCUUUGAUACCUUUGUGGAAUGGGAAAUGGAACGAAGGAAAAAAGAAGAGGAAACCAAAUGUAUUACAUGUUCAGACACAGAAGGUCCGUGUAUAGAAGAACAGACUUAACAGCAUUUAAGCAGCAGAGACAGAAAUAACCUGUUGCCCUUCAUUAAAUGUAAACUCUGGACCUUUCUGGAAAUUACUGAGGCUCCAGAUUUUUCUACUUUACACCUUUCUCUGCCUUGUAUUUGAAAGGGCUCUAAAAUGCUGUAUCAUGGUUUAGGCACUUUCUUAAUUUUGGUUAUACCUUCAACUCUUGCCCUGAAAUAUUUGACCCUGGCUACAAGUUAAAAACAGUUAUUGUUUUUUUUUUUUUUUUUUAAAAGAUUUCAGAUUAGUAUAAAUCUGACAUUUCUUGCACAAUGUAGAUCUUUUUGUUAGGUUUAAAUUAACAUUGCUAAAUUAUACAGUGCCAGAUUCAAGUUUUGUAUCCUACACCUAUCGGGGCAGGUCUGUACUGUGUGUAG